UAUAAACUUGAAGUCUUACCAUCAUGAUCAUGUGUAGCUUCCAAUCAAUUCCUUCAGUACUUGCAACAUUCCCAAAAAUGGCAAAUACUCCUUGCAGCUUCUCCAAGUUUUUCAUGCCUUCCACCCACCUCAAUUCUGGUUCUAAAGAGACAAAAGAUAUGAAGAAGCCGUACUGUGCCAAAUCCAUGGCCCCAGAAAAGGUUGAAUUAUUCAAAUCCACAGAGGGUUGGGCAAGAGAUAGCAUUUUGCCUCUACUAAAACCAGUUGAAAAAUCCUGGCAGCCUGCAGAUCUUCUACCGGAUUCGGCGUCGGACGGAUUCGUAGAACAAGUGAAAGAAUUGAGGGAGAGAGAAAAGGAAAUUCCUGACGAUUAUUUGGUUGCUAUAGUUGGCAAUAUGAUCACAGAAGAAGCCCUUCCAAUGUAUCAGUCAAGAGUAAGUAGCACAGAAAUUUAUCGUGAUGAAACCGGCAGAGAAGACACUCCAUGGGCAAUUUGGAGUAGAGGUUGGAGUGCUGAAGAGAAUCGCCAUGGAGAUCUUCUCAAUAAGUAUCUCUAUCUUUCAGGAAGAAUUGACAUCAAACAAGUGGAGAAGACUAUUCAGUAUAUGAUUGCUUCAGGAACGGAUUUUGGCUUUGGAGACAACCCUUAUCAUUUCUCUGUUUAUACAUCAGUACAAGAAAGAGCAACAUUUAUAGCUCACGGCAACACAGCCAAACUUGCCCUGCAACAUGGAGACUCAAAGCUAGCUCAAAUCUGUGGCACAAUCGCUUCCGAUGAGAAGCGCCAUGAAACUGCUUAUAGCAGGAUUGUCAAGAAGCUGUUCGAGCUUGAUCCUACCGAAGCAAUGGUGGCGUUUGCCGACAUGUUGAGAAUUAGAAUGAUCAUGCCUGGCCAUUCAAUGUACGAUGGUAAAGAUGAGCAGUUGUUCGAUCAUGUUUCGAAUGUUUUAAUGCGAAUUGGAGUGUACACAACCACAGAUUAUAUUAAUGUUUUGGAACAUUUUGUGGGUAUUUGGAAUAUCGAGAAACUUGAGGGGCUUAAAAGUGACGGAAAAAUUGCUCAGGAUUAUGUCUGUGGAUUACCAGAAAGGCUGAGAAAAAUGGAAGAGAGAGCUCUAGCUAGGGCUACACAAGCACCUGCAAUUUCAUUCAGCUGGGUUUUUGACAGAGAAGUUUAACUAAAUUAAGAGUUGAUGAAGUUGAUUAAAAUUACUAAAUUAGGGAAGUACAAGAAAAUAAGCAUUUGACGGCACUUCAGC